AUGUUGUUUCCCUUUAUGGGAAUUUUCUUCGUCGGCCUGACUCUAUGGAGUCAGUGGUUUCCCAUUCCGGGGGUCACUGAUCCCCAGGAGUCAUUCUGGAGGCGGUCCAUUGGCUCCAUAAAAUUGACCUUGGAUGUGGGGGCUGUCUGCGUCCUGGUGGACUCUAAGUUCCCCGGACCCGUGUACGGCCCUGGGUUCCCAACUCGGACGGAGGUCUUUGAUACCUCCUCUCCCGUCGCCGGUACCCAUCUCACCCCGGGCCCAAGGCAGGUUUACCGCAUCCCUCCCCGAGGAACAUGUGGAACACCUUGCCCCCAGCUCGGGCUAGAGAACACUUCUCUGGUUGAUUGGAUGACAGUGGUCUUCAUCUACUUCCCGUUUGUUAUCUUCGAUUUGGUUUUCCCAUGGCUAACGUUGCUGUUCUGGCUGUUGUUUUAUCUCAGUUACGAUUCCGGGCACGUUAUGCUUCUACUUCGGCCUAUCGAAUUCAUUGCUUACACACUGCGGUAUCUUCGUGAAGGAUCCGAGCUCUUCGUGGAAUUUCUCAUUGACCAGCCACAGAUUGCACGUGUGCAGUCUGUGGCAGACGGAAGUCUGUCUGUUUACGAACUCACAGAUCUUCUGGUCGCGGGUCCAAAGGAAGCGAAUCUCGACCCGAACCCUGUCCGUACCGACUCUAUGGGCCUUCUGAUUUCGGUUCUCUCCCAGGCUGAGGAUGUAUGGAUUCACCGUGAGGUGAUGAAGUAUAUCCGAUGCAAGGAAGUUGAGGCGCUAGUCAUUUGGUCCCAGGAGUUGGAUUGCAUGAUAAACGCGUCGAUGACCUCCCUCACCGCCCCCCAGAACUUGGUUGUUUCUUUGGUUGCUCGAAACUCGUCUGAUGUUAAUCAAGAGACUGUUUGCCUUGAUCCUGAUCAUUUGCCGGCUCGGUUGUGGGCACUUGUGCCUUGGCAUCCGAAACAUCUGUCACCAUUUAUGGUGAGUCAUUUGGUGGGAGUUCUUCUCACCUCUUGGAAAGAAGGGAACAAGGCUGUGGGCAUCUCUGAUGCUCCUGUUGACGUUCCUCGAUCUUCAGAUACCGCGCCUGAGAUGGAAAAGGGUCACUCAGACACAGAUGACGACGACGUUUCUACUCCUGUGCAUACGAAACGCAGAAACCGGAUGUCGGCGAAAGCGAGAAGACGCAAGAGACGGCAGGCUGACCAAAUGUUGGAGGAGGAACUUGCUCAGUCUCAAACCGAGGGUACUGAAGCAGUUACUUCUUCUGCUGGUCUGUCCUAG